CUCCUGGGAACCAAGUUGGACAGAGUCUUGUUGAACCAACAUUGUAACCAGGAAGAAAAUGAUGUACCAAUGGUUUAGGCCCAAAUCACAUGCUGUACCCCAGAAGUGCACAAGAGGGGUGUUCAUGAAAAAUAUGCACAAAAUCCCGACUGACCGGAAUAAUUCAUGAAGAAGGGGCUGAAUCCGUGGGUCAGAGAACACAGGACCAGUUUGCCAUCCCAAGGCCCAAGGCCUCCCUCCAACACAGUCCUCCAGGCUCUUAGAGAUAUCUGACACAUCCCGACCAUGAGACUUUGGCUGACUUGUGGAAGAAUUCCAGGCACAAACCCGGCAGCCUCAGACUCAUUCAUGGAGGAACCUCAAGAGAUACUGGCCAGGUGAGCGCUCCUUUCCAGAAGAAAGAGCAGAGUGUGAGGUGGGCAGCUGCAGCAGGAGUGGACAUGAACGCUGGUUUUCAAAGAGAACAGCGUUUUAGUUUCGGCCAUCGAAAGUGGUGUCUUCAGCACAGAAGAGCGUGAUUUCCCCUCUGCAGCUCCUGGCCUCCAUCACGGGACUAAAGGGGAGAAGAGGGUGGAGUCCCCCCGGCAUCCAGAGUGGCUUCUCUCGUGCCGGGACCAGCGAUGACUGGGCCAUGCACGCGGACCUCUCCAGCCUUCAACGGUUCACAUAGCACAGCGGGAACUCAUGGGGGGCCACUUGCCACUGCCAACUGAAACAAUACAAUGGCCACAUUGACAUUCUCCGUGACGUUUCCACGACAGACAUUCAGGCAGAAAGUGCUGGUGCGUUUUCUGUCUGCAAAAUAGAGGGCCAUGCCUCACCCACGUAAACAGCUUGGGCCCUGAUGACCUGGUUCGAGUCCACUCGCAGCCAGUGACACUUGCAAAAAAACCUCCCAGAACCAUUUGGGCUUGGCUUCUGCAGCUCUUGACCAAUGUGGCCAAAGCCAGACGCCUCCUUGGGACACUUGGACACGUGAAUGCAGCCUGCCCCGACCCUCCCUGAAUAGCAUCUGACGUCUCCUUGGAGGUCAUGGAUCCUGAACAAAGUGUCAAGGGUACUAAGAAGGUGGAGGGAAGUCCCCGGAAGCGGCUGACCAAAGGAGAGGCCAUCCAGACUAGUGUUUCGUCCAGCACCCCAUACCCAGGCAGCGGCACGGCACCCUCCCAAGAGGGCCCCCUCCAAGAGCUCCUAGCCCCGCAGCCUUUCCUGGGCCCCUCACCAGUUCUUAGGGAAGGCUCUCAGGAGAAAACGGGCCAGCAGCAGAAGCCCCCCAAGAGAUCCUCCAUCGAAGCUUCUGUCCACCUCCCGCAGCUGCCACAGCACCCUCUAACACCAGCAUUCAUGUCGCCCGGCAAACCUGAGCACCUCUUGGAGGGGUCCACAUGGCAGCUGGUCGACCCCAUGAGACCUGGGCCCUCGGGCUCCUUUGGGACCCCUGGGCUCCACCCUCAGAGCCAGCUCCUUCCUUCCCAUGCUUCCAUCAUCCCCCCCGAGGAUAUGCCUGGCAUCCCCAAAGUCUUUGUGCCCCGUCCCCCCCAGGUCUCCCUGAAGCCCACAGAAGAGGCGCACAAGAAGGAGAGGAAACCACAAAAGCCAGGGAAGUACAUCUGCCAGUACUGCAGCCGGCCCUGCGCCAAGCCCAGCGUGCUCCAGAAACACAUCCGCUCUCACACAGGAGAACGGCCCUACCCCUGCGGCCCCUGUGGCUUCUCCUUCAAGACCAAGAGCAACCUCUACAAGCACAGGAAGUCCCAUGCCCACCGCAUCAAAGCUGGGCUGGCCUCAGGUAUGAGCAGUGAGAUGUACCCCCCAGGGCUGGAGAUGGAGAGGAUUCCUGGGGAGGAGUUUGAGGAGCCCACUGAAGGAGAGAGCACAGACUCAGAAGAGGAAACAGGCACCACGUCCGCUCACCCCGCAGAGCUCUCCCCUAGGCCUAAGCACCCCCUCCUGUCCAGCGGUUUGUACAGCUCCGGGAGCCAUGGGUCCGGUCAUGAACGCUGUUCCCUGUCCCAGUCCAGCACAGCCCCAUCGCUUGAGGACCCCGCCCCGUUCUCUGAACCCUCAUCUGAACCCUCCCUGAGCCAUAAACCCGAAGACACUCACACUAUCAAGCAGAAGCUGGCCCUCCGUUUAAGCGAGAGGAAAAAGGUUAUCGAUGAGCAGGCGUUUCUGAGCCCAGGGAGCAAAGGGAGUACAGAAUCUGGGUAUUUCUCCCGCUCUGAGAGUGCCGAGCAGCAGGUCAGCCCCCCGAACACCAACGCCAGGUCCUACGCUGAGAUCAUCUUCGGCAAGUGUGGGCGGAUUGGGCAGCGGACCACCAUGCUGCCAGCCACCUCCGCCCAGCCCCUGCUCCCCCUGUCCACUGAAGACAAGCCCAGCCUGGUACCUUUGUCUGUGCCCCGGACGCAGGUGAUCGAGCACAUCACCAAGCUCAUCACCAUCAAUGAGGCGGUGGUGGACACCAGCGAGAUAGACAGUGUGAAGCCGAGGAGGAGCUCGCUGUCCCGGCGCAGCAGCAUGGAGUCCCCCAAAUCCAGCCUCUUCCGGGACCCCCUGUCAUCCCACAGUGAGAAAGCAAAACCGGAACAAUCGCUGCUGAGCCUCCAGCACCCGCCCAGCACCACUCCCCCCGUGCCUCUGCUGAGAAGCCACUCAAUGCCUUCUGCUGCCUGCACCCUCAGCACCACCCCGCAUCCCACCUUCCGGGGGAGCUACUCCUUCGACGACCAUGUCACCGACUCGGAAGCCCUGAGCCGCACCAGUCAAGUGUUUACCUCCCACCCCCGGAUGCUCAAGCGCCAGCCGGCCAUCGAACUACCUUUGGGGGGAGAGUACAGUUCCGAGGAGCCAGGGCCAAGUAGCAAAGACACAGCCUCCAAACCCGUAGACGAACCGGAGCCCAAGGAGAGUGAGCUCAGCAAAAAGACCAAGAAAGGUUUGAAAACAAAAGGGGUGAUCUAUGAAUGUAACAUAUGUGGUGCUCGGUACAAGAAAAGGGACAACUAUGAAGCCCAUAAAAAAUACUACUGCUCAGAGCUCCAGAUCGCAAAACCUGUCUCUGCAGGUGCUCACCCGUCUUCAGAAACCGAAAAGAGUCAGGCUGAGCAUGAGCCCUGGUCCCAGAUGAUGCAUUAUAAACUGGGGACCACCUUGGAGCUCACUCCACUGAGGAAGAGGAGAAAAGAGAAGAGCCUUGGGGACGAAGAAGAAACGCCUGCCUUUGAGUCGACAAAAAGUCAGUUUGGCAGCCCCAGGUUAUCUGACACUGCACGGAACCUUCCCCUGGAGUCCGCCAAGUCACCAGCAGAACCAAGUAAGUCAGUGCCCUCCCUGGAGGGGCCCCCGGGCUUCCAAGCAAGGACUCCCAAGCCAGGGUCUGGUUCAGAAUCAGGGAAGGAGAGAAGAACAACGUCCAAAGAAAUUUCUGUCAUCCAGCACACCAGCUCCUUUGAGAAGUCUGAUUCUCUGGAGCAGCCCAGUGGCUUGGAAGGGGAAGACAAGUCUCCAGCCCCAUUCUCGUCACCACCACCCACCCCACAUGGACGCCCAGCUCAUUCCCUGCAGCCCAAAUUGGUCCGCCAGCCCAACAUCCAAGUUCCAGAGAUCCUGGUGACCGAGGAGCCCGACCGCCCCGACACAGAGCCUGAACCGCCCCCGAAGGAACCGGAGAAGACAGAGGAGUUCCAGUGGCCCCAGCGCAGCCAGACACUUGCCCAGCUCCCAGCUGAGAAGCUGCCACCCAAGAAGAAGAGACUGCGCCUGGUGGAGAUGGCCCAAUCGUCAGGGGAGUCCAGCUUUGAGUCCUCCGUGCCUCUGUCUCGCAGCCCGAGCCAGGAGAGUGGUGUCUCUCUGAGCGGGUCCAGCCGCUCAGCCUCAUUCGACAGGGAUGACCAUGGAAAAGCAGAGGCCCCCGGGCUCUCUUCGGACACACGCUCCAAACUUCUGGGCUCCCACAUGUUGACUGUCCCCAGCCACCACGCACACACCCGAGAGAUGCGGAGGUCAGCCUCAGAGCAGAGCCCCAACGUUUCCCAUCUCACCCAUAUGACCGAGACUCGCAGCAAAUCAUUUGAUUAUGGCAGCCUGUCCUUGACAGGCCCUCCUGUGCCAGCCCCAGCGGCCCCAGCAGUGCUCGCAGCCCCGCCAGAAAGAAGAAAAUGCUUUUUGGUGAGACAGGCUUCUCUGAGCCGCCCUCCAGAAACUGACCCAGAGACCACCCCUAAGGGAAGACAGGAGAGUGAGGAACAAAAGCCCUCAUCCAGCAAACCUUUAACCAAAAGCUCAUUGCCCCAGAUUUCCUCAGCGGCCACCUCGCACAGUGGGCACCCAGGGGGCAAGAGCCAGGUGCAGGACCUGCCCCCACUGGGGUCCACUCCACCCUACACAGAAGCUCUGCAGGUGUUCCACCACCCCAUCGCUCAGCUCCCCCUGCAUGAGAAACCAUAUCUGCCCCCACCUGUCUCCCUCUUCUCCUUCCAGCACCUCCUGCAGCAUGAGCCAGGACAGUCUUCAGAAUUCUUCUCCACACAGGCCAUGUCCAGCCUCCUUUCCUCACCAUACUCCAUGCCCCCGCUCCCUCCCUCUUUAUUUCAAGCCCCACCACUUCCUCUCCAACCUACUGUUCUGCACCCAGGCCAACUCCAUCUUCCCCAGCUCAUGCCCCACCCAGCCAGCAUCCCCUUUCGGCAGCCCCCUUCAUUUCUCCCCAUGCCAUACCCUGCCUCCUCAGCACUCUCUUCUGGGUUUUUCCUGCCUCUGCAAUCCCAGUUUACCCUUCAGGUCCCCGGCGAUGUGGAAAGUCAUCUGCCCCAGAUUAAAACUAGCCUGGCCCCACUGGCAACAGGAACUUCUGGCCUCUCCCCCAGCACAGAGUACAGCAGUGAUGUCCAGUUGCCCCCUGUGACUCCCCCAGCCAGCUCCUCAGCUCCCACAUCAGCCCCUCUGCUGGCCCUACCAGCCUGUCCAGAUACCAUGGUGUCCUUGGUUGUGCCCGUCCGCAUUCAGACCAAUAUGCCAUCCUACGGGAGCGCCAUGUACACCACCCUCUCCCAGAUCCUGGUCACUCAGUCCCAAGGCAACUCAGCAACCAUGGCUCUUCCCAAAUUUGAGGAACUGCCAUGCAAAGGGACUGUAUGUGGCACAAAUGUGUAUGAGGUUGGGCCUGGCCCAGCUGGGGUCAGUGAAGAGAAGAGCAGAGGUUUCCCGACUCCAUACCUGAGAGUGCCUGAACGAAAAGGCACUUCCCUGACAACAGAUAGUGCGUUGAGCCUGGAGGGGAGUUCAUCAACAGUGGGGGGAAGCAAACGUGUCCUUUCACCAGCUGGCAGUCUUGAACUUACUAUGGAAACCCAGCAGCAAAAAAGAGUGAAGGAAGAGGAAGCUUCCAAGGCAGAUGAAAAAUUAGAGCUGGUAAAACCAUGCAGUGUGGUGCUUACCAGCACUGAAGAUGGUAAGAGGCCAGAGAAAUCCCACUUGGGCAGCCAAGGACAGGGAAGGAAGGAGCUAGAAAUGCUGUCCAGUCUAACCUCAGACCCCUCUGACCCUGAGGAAAUUCCUCCCCUUAAUCGACCCCUAUUGCCUCAUGUGACAGCCCCAGGCACAGAGACUUUGAAAGACUAUACCCAGCCAUCUGGUAAACCUCACCGGAGAGGAUUGACCCCCCUGAGCGUGAAGAAAGAAGAUUCCAAGGAACAACCUGACCUCCCUCCACUGGCACCUCCCAGCUUGCCGCCUCUGUCUGAAACAUCCCCCAGACCAGCCAAGUCUCAAGAAGGUACGGACUCAAAGAAGGUACUGCAGUUCCCCAGCCUCCACACGACCACUAAUGUCAGUUGGUGCUAUUUAAACUACAUUAAGCCAAAUCACAUCCAGCAUGCAGAUAGGAGGUCCUCUGUUUACGCUGGUUGGUGCAUAAGUUUGUACAACCCCAACCUUCCGGGGGUUUCCACUAAAGCUGCUUUGUCCCUCCUGAGGUCUAAGCAGAAGGUGAGCAAAGAGACAUACACCAUGGCCACAGCUCCGCAUCCUGAGACAGGAAGGCUUGUGCCAUCCAGCUCCCGCAAGCCCCGCAUGACAGAGGUUCACCUCCCUUCGCUGGUUUCCCCAGAAGGCCAGAAAGAUAUAGCUAGAGUGGAAAAGGAAGAAGAGAAGCGAGGGAAGCCAGAGGAGGACACUCCUGCCUCCAAGAGAGGGGAGCCUGCGAGGAUCAAAAUCUUCGAAGGAGGGUACAAAUCAAACGAAGAGUAUGUAUAUGUGCGAGGCCGCGGCCGAGGGAAAUAUGUUUGUGAGGAGUGUGGAAUUCGCUGCAAGAAGCCCAGCAUGCUGAAGAAACACAUCCGCACCCACACUGACGUCCGGCCCUAUGUGUGCAAGCACUGUCACUUUGCUUUUAAAACCAAAGGGAAUCUGACUAAGCACAUGAAGUCGAAGGCCCAUAGCAAAAAGUGCCAAGAGACGGGGGUGCUGGAGGAGCUGGAAGCCCAAGAAGGAACCAGUGAUGACCCGUUCCAGGACUUGGAAGGGCGAGAGGGCUCAGAGGCCGUGGCGGAGCACCAGUUUUCAGACCUGGAGGACUCGGACUCAGAUUCAGACCUGGACGAAGAUGAGGAUGAGGAGGAGGAGGAGAGCCAGGACGAGCCUUCUGGAACGUCCUUGGAGGCACCCCCACCAGGCCCACCAGACUCCUCGCCCGUUCAGGGCCCUCAGCCCCCAGACACCGCCUCUGGUGACCAGGCCACACAGGGCAGCUCUGUCUCAGAAGUCAAGCCCUUGGUAGCUGGCAGUUGCUCCACAUCCAGCCAAAGUAUCCUGUGCCUCCCCUGGCUGGGACCAGCCCCUUCAGGCCCCAUGGAGAAGGACACAGGCUUGGCCCUGAGCCCCAAGACCACGUCCCCAAGAGGGUCAUGGUCCCCAAGCAAAGAAACGGCCAGCCGCCCACCGCUCAUCCACAAACACUCACUAACCAAAAGUGACAUGUCUCCCCAGCAACAUUCACCGGCCCGGGAGUCACAGGCCUCAGCCCCAAGCCCGCCUGGCACCCAGAUAGGCCCUCAUCCUUGUGGGUCUCCAAGACUCGAGCUGUCUCCUCUCACCCGCCGCCCCCUGGGAAGGGAACUGCCCCCUGGAGUGCAUCUGCCCCCGGAACGCGAGCGUGCCACAGACCCAGGCCCCCCCCGACAUUCGCCCACCAGGAGAUGGUCUCCGGGCCAGACUAAGUCACCGCCACCAUCAGCGCUGCCAGGAAAGUGGGCCUUGGCCGGGCCCGGCAGCCCCUCGGCGGGUGAGCCCGGCCCAGGCUCGGGGCUGGCCCCGCGGGCUCUCUUCCUGCCCGUGCCUCUACCUCACAAGCUCCUCGGCAGAAGCCCCGAGACCUGUGCCUCCACAUGGCAGAAGGUCGAGUCCCGAAGUCCCUCCUGCUCACCUGGCCCUGCUCAUCCUCUCUCCUCCCGAACCUUCUCCGCCCCCCACGACUUCCACGGCCACUCCCCAUCCCGGACAGAGGAGAACAUCUUCAGCCACCUGCCCCUGCACUCCCAGCACUUGACCCGUGCCCCGUGCCCCUUGAUUCCCAUCGGUGGGAUCCAGAUGGUGCAGGCCCGACCAGGGGCCCACCCUCCCCUGCUGCCGGGCCCCACUGCGGCCUGGGUCAGUGGCUUCUCAGGGGGUGGCAGCGACCUAACAGGGGCCCGGGAAGCCCAGGAGCGAGGCCGCUGGAGUCCCACCGAGAGCUCGUCUGCCUCCGUGUCCCCCGUGGCUAAGGUCUGCAAGUUCACACUCUCCUCGGAGCUGGAGGACAGGGACUACCCCAAGGAGAGGGAGAGGACUAGCAGGGGCCUGGGCAGACCUCCCGACUGGGAGCCCCGUGUGGCUGAGGUGCCGGCAGAGCCCACACACAGCCUCUGUACCCCGCCCGAGGCCUUGCCCUGGCCACCCCGGGGCCACCGGCCAGAGUCCUGGAGCCCCCGCUUGGAGUCACCACACACGGUGGCUCACCCCAAGGCCUCUGCCAUCCCGCCGCUGGACCGAAGCAGUUCCGUGGGCUGCCUGGCCGAGGCUUCCUCCCGCUUCCCUGCCCGGAGGAGGAGGAACCUCUCUGGGGAACCCAGGACCAGUCAGGGCUCCCCCGAGCCCUCAGGAAGUGGGGAGCCUGGGGCAUCUCCACACCAGCCGGAGUAUAGGGGCUCCCCAAACACGUAGCCUCUCUCCGGCCGCUUCGGCACCUGGCUUCCGGUGUUCGGCAACAGACAUUUCCAGACAACUUCCUUCCUCAGUUCGUCUUGCUCCCAUGGGCUCCCUCUCAUCUGUCCAUCUGUCCAGGCAGCUUCUGCGCAGCUCCCAUCUGUGAUAGCGUCCCACGUAUGCAGUUACCUGUGCCUUUUUCUAGACCUUUUGUUGCUUGAAAAGAAACAAAACACAAACACACACACAUAUACACACACAAAACCCACAAGGAGUUUGAGGCUGUGAAUAUUUUGUGCUUUUUUGAGAAAGGGCGCAGGUGGGGGCCUCACCCUCAGCCGCGGAAGCUGCGGCCACCGACCCCCGAGGCUGGCCAGGGGCAGCCCAUCGCUGAGGGAGAGGGUAUGCACUGAGGGAGGAAAAAAGCAAGAAAUUUUAAAAUAUCUAUCAUUAAAUAUGAAAGCAAGCUCUCCUCUGUACAGAUCUUUAUGGUUCCUAUUUAUUGCCGCUGUAUCCCACCCCAGAUAGUGGUCAGCCCUCUCGCUAGCAGAAAGCCCAGUGGCCCCAGGCAGGGGGACACAACCUAGGCAGGAAGACCCCACACGCCUCUAUGGGCAGGCUCAGAAAAAUCCAACUUUCUUCCCCCCAAGAAAAAUUUUGAGAAUGUUGCCUUUCCUAGGACUUCAUCAAAAAUAAGAGAUGAAGGUAGAAGGCGGGAGCUGGCUGGUUCCCUCAGGGCUCCCGAAUGGCCAGAUGUCGGAGUCAUGGACCCAUCCUGGCGUUUGGCCGGUGGGCUCCUAGCCCCCACCCACGACCUCCCACGGCACCCCUGCUCCGAGCCCCUAACUGGGAGAGGAGCCCUCGGUUCAUCCCCUGGUUCUUGAGCACCUGACUUGGGCCUCGCUGUCUGGACGCCAGCCAUGGGCUGCGUUCCCUGUUCUAGAAGUUGCCGGCAAGGCUGAAGUGGCAGGAUCCAAGCCCAAGGGUGCAGAUCAAGGCCUGCACCUGAGGCCGGGGCUCAGGUUUCAUGUCCUAUUUGGUCCCUGGGAUACAAAGGGCGCUGUUUCCUCCUGAGCUGGGCGUUUGCAGGGAUCUGGGUCCCUUUUUUGCAGCAGAACGGGCCCCCUGCCCCCACCCCACACACUGCACCCAAGGAUGUGCUGACACCAUGCCCGGUGGGAACCGCCCAUGUCU